GUCUGAGCUCGUCACACAGCGCGAGCGGCAAACUUCGAACUGAGAGAAGUGGGCGGGGCUCCGGGGCCCUAACAGCUGCGGGAACCAAUCUGGAAGCAGUUAAAGCACAGACUUUACAGCAGAGAGCUUGGCGGUCUGAGAGAGAACAGUAUCCAUGGAGUACCAAGAGAUUACCAAUCACCCAGUCGAGUCCUUCACAAAGCAGCUGUCACUAGACAUGGUGUUCCUGUGUAAGAGCUGCAAUACUGUGCUGGGGGACUCGCACAGCUUCUGCGGGACACAUGAUAGACUGCAAGUCAUAAUCUUCCCAAGAGUUACUGAUAAUGUGAUUGUGGAAACAGGACUGCAUUUAUUUAUGGACGGUAACAUGAGCGGUUGUGCCUAUUAUCUCUUGCUCUGUAAACAUUGCAAAACCAACCUUGGCUUCAGCCUCUAUACGGCAUCGAGAGCUUUUGCCUGCCUGCGAGGGUUAUUUUGCAUCGAAAAAGAGAAGCUGAUCUGCUAUAUUUUAAAAUCCACGAAAAUAUGUCCAGGAUCACGUAUGAAUAUUAAACAGCUACCCCUUGGGGGACAUAUAAUGAAGCUGAAAAAGGAGUUGGUAAAUCUACAUGUUCAGAUAGAGCUCCUGUCUUCCCAGCUGGAGGAAUCUGAGAAGGCAAGAGAAAAAUCUUCAGAACCGCUUCCUAUCUCCUGGGGAAAAAAUGCAACUGAAGAGGCAGUGAAAUGAAUGAUUUAUGUGGCAAAUAUCCACACUCUUAUAAUUAGUCAAGCUUGUUCUUGAAGGGGCACUAUUGUUCAUUGUAAAUGUUCUUAAGCAGAGCGAUUGUCGUGGCUCUCUUGGCACAUACAGCCUACUGCAGCUUGGAUAAUGUAGAAGUGAACUAACGUAUUGCUUUUUGAUGAUAUUGGCUUGCUCAGAAUGCUAGGGUAGCUAUUAGCAGGGUUGCUGGCAAAGCAGUUUUUUUUCCCUCAAACUGCUCCUAAACCAAGCAUCCAAAAAAACUCUUCUUCACAAACACUUGGCCAUUAGCUGCAGAGGUGAAGGUGCCCCUUUAUUCUUGUUAAGAUAUAUUUAUGUUAUGCUGUGUUAUAAGAAACGCCCAGAACUGUGCAUAAACUAUUAUGGCGAUAGUUUUAGGAUUGUAUUUCAUGCUUUGUUACGUUCAGUUAUGCCUUAAAUCAGGGGUGCCCAAACAAUUGGUCAUCAGAUGUCUUAGAACUACAGCUUCCAUGAUUCUUUGUCAUUGUAAAGUAUUCUAAAGUCAUGCAAAGCAUCAUGGUAGUUGUAGUUCUCCAACAUCUGGGGAUCUACCUUCUGGGCAUCCCUGCCUUAAAAUAACACUCCAAGCCCACUGUACCUACCAUCCCACAGUAAGUAGACAAUAUAUUUUUAGUACAGUUUGACAUUUUACCUGGGACCUGCGCCUCAUCUGCUCUUCUCCUGCAAAAUAAAGCACAGCUGAUCCAGGGCUGAGACCACAGUUCUGCAUCUCUGUCUUUUGCUCUACAGAGAAUCUGGAUUGUCUUGCAGAAGAAGAUUGGGUGCAGGUGCCCAACAGGACCCUGGUAAGUUGUCACAUUAAAAUGGUUUGAUUACUUACUGUGGGAUGGAACCAGCGCACUCUUAACCACUAGAGCCCACUGCAGUGGUUGUGGUGGCAGGAGUGCUUUGAUGUCUUCCCAGAGUGGGAGAGUGCCAUGAUUUUACUUCUUACUGAGUCUG